AUGCAGGAUCUGUGGAUCCUGAAAUGCGAGUGGGACACAGUGUUGCCUGUGGAAAUUCGAUUACGUUGGCAGGAGUACUGUGACUCGCUGGUGGACUUGCCGAGGAUCUCGAUUAGCCGUUGGCUAGGACAUUCUCCAGAGGUUUCGUGUCAGAUUCACGGAUUUGCUGACGCCUCUACGAGGGCGUAUGCAGCAGUAGUGUACCUUAGGUUGGAUAACGGAAAGGAACAGCCACGUGUUUGCCUGUUGGCAGCGAAGACGAAGGUGGCGCCUGUCAAGACCAUUAGCAUACCGAAGUUGGAGUUGUCUGGUGCUUCGCUUCUUGUCAAGCUCAUCUGUCAUUUGCGGACCGCGAAGUUUCUCGCGGACGUACCGGUCUACGCGUGGUCUGACAGCCAAAUAGUUUUGGCGUGGUUGCGCAAGCAUCCAUCUUGUUGGAAGACGUUCACGGCGAAUAGAGUCUCUUAUAUUCAGACGGAGUUACCGUCAGCAUCUUGGUCGCAUGUUUCCACGAAAGAGAACCCGGCUGACCUGGCGACCCGGGGCUCCCUGCCAUCCGCCUUGGCGUUUAAUGCGCUCUGGUGGCAUGGACCGUCGUGGUUGACUCGGUCGUCGGAUCGCUGGCCUCUGCCGUCGGAGAUUGCGAGUGUUUUGCAUGUUCAUGCCCAGGUGAAGGAGCCUGAGAUGUUAGGUAGAUUUUCCUCGUUCACCAGGUUGGUGCGAGUGAUAGCGUAUUGUAGACGUCCGCUAGUUAUAGCGCGACGUAAGAAGGGAGGUGCAGAUCCUCUGCCUCCGUUCCUCUCCACGGAGGAACUCUCGGAGGCUCGCAUAGUAGUAUUUCGCUUGGCUCAAUCCGUAGCCUUCGAAUCAGAGAUAGAAGCCUUACAACGUGGGGAGCGCCUGCGUAAGCGCAAUCCACUCAACAAAUUGAGUCCAUUUCUCUGUAAGGAUGGUCUGUUGCGGGUAGGGGGUCGGCUUUCGCAUUCCGAGCUCCCGGCGCAACGCAAGAAUCCUCCUAUCUUGCCUCACAAGUCGGCGUUGAGCUUGUUGCUUGCCCAGCACGCUCACCGGACUUGCCUCCAUGGUGGUCCUACGCUUACAGCCAGCCUGCUGAUGCAGCAGGCUUGGAUUCUUGGUAGGAGUCGAUUGGUCAAAUCGGUUGUGUACAAAUGCGUCGUUUGUCAACGAGUCAAACCCAGAACGGCUCAACAGCUAAUGGGUGAUCUUCCUGCUUCCAGG